AUGGUGGCAGGGAAAGAGGUCGAUUCGGGAUCGGCACCGGCUGAUCUGCAUCCGGAAGUGGUCGAUGAGGCGGUGACAGUGUCCAAGCGCAAGAUCAUCACGGCGGAUGCGUUCUACGACCAGACGGUGAGGCGGUAUGCAGCCAAGAAGCUCCGCAACUUUAGCAUCAACGAAAUGGUGGGCCACUCGCGUGAGCCGUCGGUGGCCAACAUUCUCUCCUCGGCCAACUUUAUCUCGCGCCAGCUCCCGAUCCGCCUCGCCAAGCGCAUCUUUGAGAUGCAAGCCCUUCCGUGGCUUGUGCUCCAGAACCCGCACAUCUAUCGCGUCUUUGAGCUGUACUCUUCGUCGUUUGAGGCCAUCCGCAAGUUUGAGGGCCGCAUCAACGACGUGGCUACCAACGAGCACUUUUGCGAGACUCUCUCCAAGGCCCUGCGCGAGAACCUGCCCGUCGUCGAGCUGCUCGGCCAGGGCGUGCGCGAGGCCAUGCAGGUCGUCUCGCGGCGGUCGCUCCACAUUGACUCGUUCCUCGACAACAUGCUCGCGUCGCGGAUCACCCAGCGCGUCAUGGCCGAGCAACACCUGACGCUCCGCGGCAUGGUGGACGACGAGUGGCGCGGCGUCAUCCAUCUCAAGUGCUCGCCCUACUCGCGGUUCCUUGCCACCACCGCCCGAGUCACCGAGCAGUGUAUCCAGCACUACGGCGUGGCGCCGCGGGUCGAGUUCUCGGGCUCGACCGACAUCAAGUUCCCGUUCAUCCCGCCCACCUCGAGUACAUUGCCACCGAGCUGCUGA